GCCGUCCUAGGCACAGGCCCUAGGGUGCCUUAAUAUAAACACAGCCCUGGACCUUGGUCUACUUCUUUGAGGCUUGCAGAGGGAACCAUCAUGCAUGUGAAAUCAUGACCUGCAAUUUUUUUGGACAACGCAGGUGUCUUGCAAUUUGAUUAUCACAGGUGACCUGGGCCGGCAGAGAAGAAUUCAGAAAAUGUUUUGUCCUGGGAACCAAACAUCAGGCCACUGCUUGGCCUGAAUACCAAUGAGGCGUGAUCCAGACCAGAUCACUAAGAAAAGCCAAAAUGCAUCACUUACCAUCAGCUACAAUCCACUUGCUUUCCAGUUCCCAAGUAAUUACCUCAGUGGUUAGUGUGGUAAAGGAACUAGUAGAAAAUGCCUUAGAUGCUAGUGCAACCAGCAUUGAAAUUAAGUUGGAAAAUUUUGGAUUUGACAAAAUUGAAGUUCGGGACAAUGGAAAAGGUAUCAAACAUGACGAAACCUCUGUCAUGGGCAUCAAGCACUAUACUUCUAAAAUUAACAGCCAUGAAGACUUGGAAACAUUAGAAACAUAUGGUUUCCGUGGGGAAGCUCUAGCUUCAAUCUGCUGUGUGGCAGAGGUUCAUAUUACUACGAAGACUCUUGCAGAUGAGUUCAGCAAGCUGUAUGUCUUAGAUAGCAGUGGUCAUGUUGUUUCCCAAAAGCCUUCCCAUCUUGGUCAGGGUACUACUGUCAGUGUGCAUAAACUGUUCAAGAAUUUACCAGUAAGAAAGCAGUAUUAUUCUACAAAUAAGAAGUGUAAAGAGGAGAUUAAAAAGAUUCAAGAACUACUGAUGUCUUAUGGAAUCAUAAUACCAGAUUUAAGGAUUCUUUUCACCCAUAAUAAGGCUCUUGUCUGGCAAAAAUCAAAGGUGUCUGACCAUAAGAUGGCAUUUAUGUCAGUUGUGGGAAGUGCCACCAUGAAUGGCAUGGUUCCUUUCCAAUACCAGUCUGAGGCCCCAGAGAUUUCUAUUAAUGGCUAUCUACCUAAGCCAGAUGCUGAUAUCACUGUAACCAGCCUUUCAAGUUCAGAAAAAAGUUUCCUAUUUAUAAACCGUCGACCCGUGUAUCACAAAGAAAUAAUGAAGAUGGUUCGAUUGUAUCAUACCCAGAGUCUAAACAAAGGGUCCCCUCGCUGCUAUCCAGUGUUUUUUAUGAAUAUUGUACUUCCUGCCUCUUGUUUGGAUGUGAAUUUAACUCCAGAUAAAACUAAGAUCAUGCUUCAAAAUAAAGAAUCUGUCCUACUUGCUGUUGAGAAUGUCCUGAGAUCUGUGUACCCUGAUUCACAAAUUCUAGAAACUGAUAAAGAUAAAAUGCCUGAAGACACUGUAACUCAUAACACAGAUAAUUCUAAUACACACGUUGUUGAAAACAAAAUCACAGGGUGUGGUGGGAAAUCUCUUAGUGUAUGCCCCUCAUUUUUAAACAGUGUUCAAGAACAAAAGCAAUCUGUGAACUCUUUGCAGCCUCAAACGUUUAAUAAGGAUACUAUUUUUUAUUCUGAUAAUGCUGAAGUUGCCUACAGUGAGAAUGAGACCUUUGAUGGUUUUCUGGUGCCUACUGAAUCUUCCAAUACACAGGAUGAAGCCAUUGCUGACACUGGAUUACAUUUUGCUGUCAGUCACAGUAAUUCAAUGGAUACUGAGUCUUUAAACCCUAUUGAUUCUGUGCACCAGGUUUCAGAAAAAGAUACAUUUAAAAAAACAACAUUGAUUAAUGUCCCUGAUAUAGUUGAUGACAUUUGGAGUAAAGGAAGCGCUUUUAAAGACUCUCUAGGUGAUAACCUAGAACCUGUAAAGCUACUGAAUUUGUCCACAGAGACUCAUUUUGACAAAAACACUGGAGAAGCUAGUAAUGUUCAGAAUUCAAAGGAUACAAAUAACAAACUGAAUGUCAUUAGUGGAAAAUCUGGAUUUGUCACUGCCUAUGACUUGAUAAGUAAAAGAGCGAUCAAGAAACCAUUGUCUGCAGAGGAACAUUUCAUUCAGGCAGAACGGUCCAAACUUAUUGAUGACAACCCACUGGCUAGUGUUGAAGAGAUUUCUUCAAAAGGGAAAGAUCUCUGGGGUAAACUGAAUCAAGAAGAGAAAUUCAACUAUGAAGAAAAAGCAGCUAAAGAUUUGGAGAGGUACAAUCUGCAGAUGGCUACGGCAACAAGAGAACAUGUUGAAAAGCAAAAAGACUCAGAGAAAAGACAGAAAAUGUCAUCUAGACCUAGCCCUACUCGAAAAGUAACAUUAAAAACACCACUUUCUAACCAGCAAAUACUGGACAAGUUAUUCCAGUCUCAAGAAAAGAAAAAAAGCAAACCUCCAAUUAGUAGUGUACAAGUAGCCUUUAAAUUAAGCAUGUUGAAACAACGGAUUUCAAAGCUCACAAACCCACAAAAUUCUGUGGAAGAAGACUUUUGCUUGAUUAAUAAGCUCAGCUUCCCUGGUGCAUGGAUUGUAGCAUCAAAAUCAAAGAUUGCUCUUCUGAAUCCCUAUAGGGCAGAAGAAGCUUUGAUAUUUAAACGCCUUUUAAAGAACCAUAAAAUACCUGCAGAAAAGUUGGAGUCUCCAAUUGUAUUAACAGAUAGCCUCUUAGGAGGGUCUCCGUAUUUAGAUGCUCUGUUGAGUAUGCAAAAAGAUUCCCCAAAGCUGAAUGGAGAAACAUAUUUUUCAGAUCCCAGACUUACUGCUAAUGGGUUUUUGAUUAAAAUAGUGCCAGGGAAGUCAGCUGUUGAGAAACACAUUGAGAUAGAAGGGAUGGCUAGCAGCUUGCCUUUUUAUGGAGUCUCAGAUCUAAAGGAAAUCUUAAGUUCUGUACCAAUUAAGAAAAGCAAUGAGCUAUGUGACUACAGACCAAUUAAAGUGUGGAAUUAUCUUGAGGGAGAAGCUGUAAGAUUGUCUCGCCAGCUACCUUUAAAUCUUUCUAAAGAAGAUGUGCAGGACAUCAUGCACAGGGUAAAGAAUCAACUUGGAAGUGAAACUAAAGCUUGUCUCCAUGGUCAUCAGUUUUUUCAUCAUUUAUCAGACUUGCCAAAAACUGAAGAGCCAUAUUGAUGCUGUACACUGUAUUAUAAAACAUGCAUUGACUAAGGAGCGCUGUUCAGUUCACUACCAAAAAGAGUACCGUCAAAUAUGAGAGAGAGAGCAAUUUCUACCUAAGUGCUGCAAGUAUGAAAGCAAUCUUUUGUUUUACUUUAUUUUUAACUUAAUAGCAUUUUGCAUUGUGUUUCACCUCAUGAGUUCAAUAAUCAUGAUUCAUGUUUACUGACUAAUUUCAGGAUAGUGUAACAUUUUUGAAGAUAUAUAAAUAAAUUGAGUGAUGAAGAUCUAUUCUGCAAACAGAUGCUGUUACUACAUUUGACAUUUUUUACACUGUACCCAUGGAUGUGGGCAACAGAGAGUGACAUUCUAAACCUAUAAUGUAAUAGCGUAUACGAUUAAAAUUAUCUACAUAUA